UCUGACAGGAGGAGGGCUGCACCCGCCCUGCUUUUUCUAGAAGCAUGACCGCAUCCCCGCUGUCGGGGAGGCGAGGGCAGGAGGGGUGGCAGCGGGAGCGGAACAGGAGGCCCGGGGGACACGGGUCUGGGACAGCAGGUAGCGGAGCCGCGGGCAGCUGUCGCUGCUGCUCAGACCGCCAGUGGCCGCGGCAGGUGCAGGGCUCGGAGUCUCUGUGCACAAAGGCGCCGGGCGGCCAGCAGCGCUGCCCUGGAUUACACGAGGGCACACACCCCGCCGAGUGAGCUGGAAGACCCGGGGGACGGCCGCGGCUCCGGCGCCCACAUGCUCAGCACCGCCAGGGUUCCUGCGGAUCGGCCCGUGCGCAUCGCCUUCAGCCUUGGCCAGGCCUCAGAUGGCGCCCCCCCGGAGGACCCCUCGCUGCUCUUCCCGGAACUAGACCAGCAGCUGCAGCCUCUGCCGCCCCGACAUGACUCCCUGGAGUCCAUGCAGGUCUUCAAGCAGCACUGCCAGAUCGCCGAGGAGUACCACGAGGUCCGCAAGGAGAUCGCGCUGCUCGAGGAGCGGAAGAAGGAGCUCCUUGCCAAGCUGGCGCAGGCGGAGGAGGAGAAGGGGGAUGCCGCCCAGCUGGCCCGCGAGUUCGAGGCGCUGACGGAGGAGAACCGCACCUUGAAGCUGGCGCAGUCCCAGUGCGUGGAGCAGCUGGAGAAACUCCGCAUCCAGUACCAGAAGCGGCAGGGCUCGUCCUAGCGCAGGUCCUCCCCCUGGCCCGGCCCCCCCCCCCCCCCCCACGAGGGAUGGUGAACCCAUCACCCCUCCUGGUCACCCACAUGCUGCCGUCUCUCUGAGCUGGGCCCGGCGAGGUCUGGCCCGACGGGAGGGAGAUUUCACGUUAAAUAAGACAACGAGAGCAAACCUACUGCCCCGCGUGUUUCACGAUUUGUUCCCAUUUAGAAGAUAUUUCUCCUCAUUUAGAAGCUAGGACCGAGACAGAGUAUUGACAGGCUCCCUAAGAAUCUUGAACAGGAUUAAGCCAUGAGACAGGCCAGCCAGGUGCUCGCUGCCGUUCGCCUGCAUGUUUUUAGGUCUCACGUCGUUAACAUCUCCCCUGAGCGCCAAGCAGAGGCCUCUCCGACGUGCUCAUGUCAGUCAGUCAGUCCCUGUGCGAGGAUUGGACCCGGAAUAAACGGUCGCGUAGUCGAAGCUUCCUCCUGAAAACGUUAGCAGAGGCGGGUUUGUGCCCGAAGCGCGUUGGCAGUGCCGACCUGCUGCGGGCGUGAGAAGAGCAGAUAAAGGCGCGUGUCUUCACCCCGCGCUGGCCCCCGGGGAACGUGUCCCCUCGAGUGUGUUCUGGGGGCCCCAGGAGACGGAAGGGGAUGGUUUAGACAUCAUUUUGGGGAGUUCUCAGGAAAACAUCAGACAAAUGACGACCAUUGCUCUGUUUGGAUUUAAAAGGCGUUGGGGUCAGUAAUAACGAAUGGAAAUAUAUGAGUAAAUUCAGGCUUAACACGAGUUUCCUGUUCUACUUAUCACCAUCUUCCCCAACGUGAUCUCUUUGUUUUAUGUCCAUUUCAUUCAUGUAACUUCUUUUUCAUUAAACGCGAUCAAAACUGC